ACGUGACCUGACCGGCUGAUGACAGAGCGGAAGUGUCAUGGCGCCGCGCGUCCUGCACGGUCCUGCAGCGUCACAAACAGCUCCACACGACUUGUAAUGACUCUAAUCCUCCUCGUCUGGACUCAGGAUCUGUUUAGGAAAUCAGAGGAAUAAAAACUUUAGGAUGGCUGAGUCAGGCUCAGGUGACCCCAGUGGGCAACGUGUGCCAACUCCUGGAGGGAGCAGUGCCGGACUGAUGAAGGGCCGCCGACCUUCAGGUGCCAUGACUCCCGUCCGUCUCCCUUCAAUGCGAUCGAGAGACCUCACCCUGGGCGGAGUGAAGAAGAAAACGUUUACACCCAACAUCAUCGGCCGAAAAGCCAAAGAGGACACAAAACUUGAAGGCGGGGAAAGGAGAGAGAAAAGGGAUCCCAAUCGAGGGCGAGGUCAGAGAGAUAGAGGCAGGGGCCGAGGUCGUCCAGAGGUCAUCCAGUCCCACUCUAUUUUUGAACAGGGGCCUGCUGAGAUGAUGAUGAAAAAGAGAGGCGGCUAUGAAAAUGAGCGAGAUGCUCCGAGCGCGGGGCCCUCACCCAUCAUCAAUAUUAAAAAGGAGAAGAGGGAGACGGAGGAAGAGACUAAAGAGAUCCUGCGCAAUCUGGAACGAGAAAACGUUAUAGACGAUCCCUUCCUGCAGAGUGAGGAGAGUAGCUGCCCCGUCCAGCUCCCCCUCGCUGUGUCAGGAUGGGGAUUCAAGGAGGAAUUCAGUAACACUGCUAAAAUUGAGAAGAUGGAGGAUGAUUGUGAACCUAUGGAGCCUGCAGUUAAAGUCAAACAGGAGCCAGAGGAAAUAGAAAUAAAGAAGUCCGAGGCAGCGUUCAAGCCUCCUCCUAUCCCUGAGCCUGAGAUUCUGCACGACCUGCUGAAUAGGUGGAGUCUGAGCAAAGGGGAGGAGCUGUUCUUUAUUCAGCUGCCCGACUCGCUGCCCGGCCAACCCCCUACCAAAGAGCACAAGCCGCAGAAGACGGAGGUGCAGUCAGAGGAUGGCCAGUCUGUGCUUCUGAAAACAGAGUCUCAGGAAGAGGAGGCUGAAGAGAACUGCUGUAAUCUGAAAGAUCUGCGGGAGGGUGUUGUAGGAAAGAUGCUGGUGCGGAAGUCAGGCCGGGUUCAGCUCAUACUGGGACAAGUGACUCUGGACGUGUCUCUGGGAGCUUCGUGCUCUUUCCUUCAGGAGCUGGUCUCUGUCGGUACGGAGGGAAGAACAGGCGACUUGACUGUUUUGGGAAAUGUCCAACACAAAAUGGUUUGUUCUCCAGACUUUGAGGCUUUACUGGAGGGCAGUGCUUGAUGCUCAAGAAAGCAGCACGGCCUCCUCCAGCCAUGACAGAGGGAUGCACUUGUGGUGGGUUGUGAUGUUGAAAAGAUACUCCCUGUUACUGUGGACUGUCCCUGGAUGGUUGAUUGCGCUCUUGUGUCUGCAGAGUGGCUAUAAUAACCUGAUGAAAUACACUCUCUGUAAAUAUGAAUCAUGACUGGGUCUUUAUUUUCUUCUUAGGAAACAAGAAUAUUAAUUCAGGGCUCAAAGGUUGAAUGCUGUGCCAAAUGUCAGGACUAUUUUCAUUUUUCUGCAUCUGAAAUUACUUGAGAAAACUGUACAUGAAUGUAAAUGUGUGAAUAAAAAAAGUGUUAUUCAA